GUCACAGGUUGAACCCGACGGCCUCCAUUUUGAAGGAGAUUGCUAGAUAUCUGCUUCCAUCAGUGGUGCAAAGUUGGCGCAUAAUUUGUUGCAAAUACAGAUUCACCAAUACUUAAAAUUACAUUUUCACGGGCAAAACGAUGGCUGAUCCAUCUGCGGACGUAGAGGUUCCAGAGGGAGCGGAGGUUCGCCGACUGUCCGAGCUGAGAGUCAUCGAUCUGAAGGCCGAGUUGAAGAAGCGGAAUCUGGACACCACGGGCGUGAAGAGCGUGCUGUCGGAGCGUUUGAAAAAGGCCAUCGAGGAGGAGGGUGGAAAUCCUGAAGAAAUUAUUUUGGUUCUGGAUUCAACACAAAAGAAAGCGAAUGUCACCCCUAAACGGGCUGCUAGAGAUAUGCGGCAAGAAAAUGAUGAGCCAGAGGACAUCGCUGUUGAGGAGGACUGUCAUGAUGGGCAUGAGGAUUCUCAAGACGAUCAAGAAAACAUACAGGAAAUGGACAUCCUUGACAUGAAUGUGCUGGAUGAGACAGAGAAUGACAAUGGAAUACCAGCUGAGGAUGAUGAGGAUGAAUCUGAUUAUUGCCAUGGAGAUAUAGAUGCACUCUUGAAUGAUGAAAAUGACAAUGGGCCUGCUGAGUCUGAAGAUGGAAUCAGAGGGCCAGAGCAGACGAGCGACUCUGAGAUGAUAGAUAAGGAGGAUUGCAUGACAUUCUCAUCACUCAACAUGGAUCCAGAUGCAGAUGAUGCGAAUGAAGAAACAGAAAAUGACAAAGUAGCCGGGUCUUGUUUAUCUGAGGCGCUUAUCGAAGAUCGUCCCCCGAGCCACGAGACGAGCCCUGAAGAAGAGCAAGCUGCCACCACCACAGGGGAAGACAGUGUAUCCGACACUGGAUCCAAGUGCGACAAAGCCGCCUCUGGAGACGUGGAGAGCGACAGGGAUGUUCUGGAAACUGACGCCAAAGAGGUUGGGGACCUCCAGAAUGUCCCCGAAGAGACAUUUGACACUGAAAACAAAAGCUUGCAAGCUGUUAGUAUAAGCGAACAGGGCGCUCUGGGUGAAACUGUUGAUUCAGAAAUUGGGUCAAAGAAGGGUGAGGAGGAUGAGAAGACAGAAGAGAAAGCUGCUGUGGAUUCAGCCUCGACACUGAAAGAGUCCUCUUCUGUAGAGGGCGAUGAUCAGAAAAAGAGCUCUGAGGAAAAAGAUGGUAAAACAGAAUCAAAAGAUGAAAAGGCCGCUGGAAGUGGUGCUGCACCGAGUAGUAGCAGAAAUCUGUGGGUCAGUGGCCUCUCUUCCACUACCAGAGCGACUGAUCUGAAGACCCUUUUCAGCAAAUAUGGCAAGGUUGUUGGAGCUAAGGUGGUGACCAAUGCCAAGAGCCCAGGGGCUCGCUGCUAUGGUUUUGUCACCAUGUCAUCCACAGAGGAGGCCACCAAGUGUAUUAGCCACCUUCACAGAACUGAGCUUCAUGGCAAAAUGAUCUCUGUGGAGCGGGCUAAAAAUGAGCCAGCGGGGAAGAAGCCAGCAGACAAGGGUGACGCCAAGAAAUCUGGCAGUGAAAGGAGACACUCCUCCGACUCCAAGACUGAUGGUAAAGAUGAAAAAUCUGAAGGAGAAGGAAAAGAUGGCAAAGGGCGAAAUGAGAGGACUGUAGUUAUGGACAAGUCCAAGGGAGAGCCUGUUAUCAGCGUCAAAGCCAAAAGCAAGGAGCGGAGCUCAAAGAGUCGGGACCGUAAAUCUCCCAGUAAAGAGAAGAAAGACAUUCUGUCAUUCGACCAAAUCAAGGAGCAGAGGGAGAGGGAGAGGCAGCGUCAACGAGAGAGGGAGGUCAGAGAGGUGGAGAGACGCAGAUUCACUGACCGUGACAACCGGCCAGAUCGUGAGCGUGAGCGAAUUCGUCUGUUCAGGGAGAAAGAGGAGAGAAAACACUUGAUGCGGAAGAGACACUGGCUGGAGGCUGAGAAGCAGCGCCUUGAUGCCGACCGAAUGGAGCGUCAGUUCUUGGAGCGUGAAAGGCUACGGAUAGAGUAUGAGAGGCGGCGAGAGCAGGAAAGGAUCCUCCGGGAGCGAGAAGAGAUCAGACGUCAGCAGGAGCAGUUGCGUUUUGAUCAGGACCGACGUCCGGUUAAGAGGCCUUAUGACAUGGAUGGCAGGAAAGAUGACUGGCCUGAUAAGCGCAUGGCCAUGGAUGACCGUUAUAGCCGCUCCGACUUUGGCCGCCAGGAACGUUAUCAAGACUUUGACCACCGAGACCGGAGCCGUUACCAAGACGAUGGGAUGAUAGACAGGCGGGAUAGCACUCGUGGCAUAGGUGCAGACAGAGAUGGUCAGCACUUCUCAGACAGACAUGGCAGAGAUGGCCGCGAGCCUUGGAGUGGAAGUUAUGAUAAGCGCAUAAACUCGAGGGAGGGAGGUCGAGACUGGGAUUCUGGACGGAAAAUGGAAGGAGACCGGACAUGGCAAAGUAGAGACGGUGCGAUUCCAGGCCAGAGCCACAUGGCACGUGGAGGAAUGUCCGGUCGUGGAGGCUACAUGAACACAGGAACAUCUCAGUCACUCUCCGGUGCUCUCAACAGACAGAACCAGCUGAUGCAGGGCAGCGGGCUGCAGAGUGGCGCAUUUGGUCGCCGCUACUGAUGUGCGUCUAUCAAAAGCCUUUCAGGAGGUCAUAUCACGAGGGUGUGACCAUCUAGUUUUUGUAAAAAAAAAAAAGAUUUGUUUCUUUUUUUGUCAGUUUCAGUACAUUUUUUGAUGCAGACCUUAACUGUUGUGUUAAUGCAGUGAUCCCUCUGCCUUGUACUUAUCAUUGAGUCAGAUGUGAUGUACUUAUGUGUUGUAAAUUUUGAUGUAACAUAGGCACAUUGGUUAGGUUUGAUGGACCUAACCUCACCAGUCUCCCAUCCAUAUCCCACUUUGUGUCCAUGGGGAAAGUUUUCCAGUCUCUUUGAGCCUUUGGUUGCAGUUAUAUUGGCUCCUUUCUCACAUUUUUUAAAUAAAGAUGGCUGGUUAAAAAUUUCCUUGCUGAAGAAAAGGUUUUUAAAUUAAAUGUCACAUUCACAUUAUCCAAGGGUGUGCUUUUUAUUUAUAUAAUUCAAUUAGUGAAUUGUGUGAUACAUGCCCUUGGACUGUGUAAAUCUGUAAUUAAAAUUUUACAUGACA